AUGUCGCGGCACCCGGCAGCAAAAGCGCACUACGGCAAGCCGGCUCUUGGGGUCCACCCGCACUGUGUCCGUCUCCAGCCACAACGGCCUAUUCAGACUGUGCCAUCCCUCGACUCAGCGUGCCGCCUACAAACCCGUAAGAAACCUGUCUUUUGCCUGCCAAAUUGCCAAACUUUGCGCCCUCACGACAGACUGAUUCCUUGCGGGCGUGUGGGGAGGUCAAGAAAAAUUUCCGACGAAUGCUGGCAAUUAUCAGGGUCUGUUACCAGGCUUACUGCUGCGACCUUGAACUAA